ACUUGAAAAUGACCGUCGAGCGGUCGAAACGUCAUUGCUUUUUAAUGUUAACUUUUUUAGUGAAAACGUUUGAAAUUCCAUCGAAUUUCCCACAUUAAUUAACGGUUUUCGUAGUUUUAAUUAACUGAAAAAUAGGUAAACGAGCAGCUGGCAUUAUCGAAUUCACGUAUAUCCUUAGAAACAAGUCCUAGUAAUCAACUUGUUGGUACAUGGAAAACGGAUAUUUUUUCCUUCCUUUGAGAAAUUAUACUAAAAGAUUUAAAAGUCAAAGAUUACAACAGAUGCACUUAAACUUUUGAAGCAGUUUUUUUUUCAAGAAAAAUCUUCGUGACAUUCGUUUCUUAGCAAGCAAAAUGGAAAAUAAAAAAGAGUGUUGUCAAUAUUUAAGCCUAAACAAUUUCUCAAAUAUGAAAAUUGUACUCGACAAAUGGGCAAGUGAUCGAUGAUUUGUACUCACCCCAUGCUCACAUUGGUUAGUGGGCCAGCGCCAAUUUCCAACUACUCUGACUACUGAUAAAUAUCAACAGAGCUCACUGGGAGCUGGCCAAUCUUUGAAAUGGCUUCAACUUCAUCUUUUCCCGUAAAAGUAAUGUAAAUGUAAAACGCAUUCUAGAUAAAAGAUUUUGUUUGAUAGGGACGAGUUGGCUUCUAGCGUCAUUUCAGGUUUUGUUCCUGAGAAGAAUAUUAUGCGAACAUGCAAUGGUGUGUUUCAAAAUCGUUGCAGAAUGCAAGAAAGAUGUGUUUUACGAGGCUGUAGCAGUACAAGAUGUUUAGGAUAGAGUAUUCCUCUUCAUUCAAUAUCUCUAUCUCGAUGAAACUCUACCAGAAACGCGAAAAAGACCAAAGAAGUGGGCUGAUCUGUGUGAAGCUAACGCCGCGGAGCCAUUGAGGAUUUCUUCGAUCUUGGGUUCGCCGCUUCUGUGAAAAUUUUGAGCCUUUCAUGGCCUGUAUAUUCUUCUCUAUCUAUAGUGAAAAGCUUGAUAUUGUCAAGGUAGCUCUACUGCAUAAGGCAUGAAUUUGGGAUAAGCUGGAAGCCACCUGACUAUUCUGAGUUCAAACAAUCCUCUGACAACUCUGCUGAUCUCUUAUCUUAACACUCUCUUCAAUCAUUGAUCUAAAGAAGUAGGCAGGAGUGGACUUCGACUCCAUUGCAUUUUAAGCUUGAUGAUUUUUUUCUCUGAAGUAAUCAGGGAAACUAGUAGAUUUUAUUAAAGGGAAAAAAAAACUUUUGGGGUUAGUAGCACUUACAUGUAAGUUUCUUUUAUCCCUAAAUUUCGAAAAGAAAUGGAUGCAAAGAAAGCACCACCAAAUAUAGAGGUUUGUUCUGAAAGCCUUCUAGCCAUGUUAGAAUAUUGAUUUAUCGAAUGUGGCCUAUUGCCUGAGAUGCUAUCUAGAUUAUAACUAUUGUAUUGUGUAAAUUAGAUAAUUUAAUCUUCAAAAGGGUUAUUAGCUAGAUGGCUCGCUUUCACUUUCAUUUGACUUUGAUAACUGGCUCAGUGCUUCAAACCUUGCAAACUAUGAGCUAAUAUAUAGAAAUCCCGAGCCUGCCAUCCAAUUGUUUAAAAGAAGCAUCUAGCUCGUAGUUUUGUUCUAGCAUUGUCUGUUUAUGUGACUAAUUUCUUGUGUUUUUUCUUUUCCUACAGAUCUGUCAAGUGUGGAGUAGAAUUUGAAAGCGUCGUUAAAGAUGUCUGUCUCUGAUGAGGAACAGAGAAUGCUUUGUGUCCAGGUUUGCUUGAACAAGAUUGUUGCUCCAGUGUUGCGAGAUUAUGUCAAGCAAGGAAUGGAUAAACAUUAUACAUCCCUCGAUGGACAAUUGAAGGCUCUGACACCACCAUGCAGUCUAAGCACUUUAACAUAUCCAAGUCCCACAAGUGAUCCCGGACUUAGACCUAUUAUAAAAUCCUUGGAAUUUGAAAAUAUUAAUGGCAAUCUUGAUGUACAUGGAGGGGACAAAACCAUGUACGAUUACAAAGUCAGCAGUCCAGUCGAUCUAGCCAAGCUGUAUCUCCCAAAGUACCUUGCAAACUUUUCAGCUUUUGACAUGUCCUUGGAUAUGAGUGCGAUUCUUCGCUUGCUGGGAAAAAAGAGUCUUGAACCAAUAUUUUCCUCUUCAAAUCCAUUUAUAUGUAUUCAAUCAAUUGCUGACGAUGUCAAGAACAAUGUUAGAAACAAGACAGCGCAUUUUAACCCUCGUGACUGGAAUAAAACUUUCUUUGAGGAAUGCUUUGCUAAAAUGGAGGCUUUGGUUAAGAGUAUAGUGCUUCCUUCUGCUCUCGAGAAAACCAAGCUGGAUGAACUAUCUGAAUGGAAAACUGAUGGUUUUAAGCUGAUUGUACAAAGAGACGUGAAAGAGCUCUUGGAGGAGAUUCAGAAAACUAGUCAGGAUGCAAUUCGUGCUCAGUUGGAGAAACAAAACAAGCGCCUGGAUGAAAUGCCCACUAAAGAUGACGUAGAGAAAAUUCUAUGUAAAUUGCUGCAAAAAAUGCCUGACGAGGAUGAAAUGGAAAGUGCGAUGACAAAACGGUCAGACGAUUUAGAGGGUUUAAUUCAGAUGAUAUCGAAAAAUGAGAGAAAACAUAAGACAGGUUAGUGUAAGUGUUGCUGCUUACAAGUACUAAAUGACAAUUUUGUAUUUCAUGACAGUUUGUUUUGUGAUGUCGUUUUUGUACCUGUUUUUGUACCAUCAUGCCAACAGCAUCCAGUAAUGUUUUUUAAUCUGUGGUGAUCAAUCAUGUCUUCAUACAAGUUCCAGUCUUGGUCAACUUAAGAUAUUAUAACUCGAUGACCGGUAAGUUAAGUCAGAGGGCCAAUAACUAAUAUCAGCCAACCAGAUCGCUCCAUUCCCGGUCCAACAUUUAUUAAGUAUUGGACCGGGAACUGUAGAAAGAUUCUGUACGAGCACUCUUGUAAUUUUUUUUGAAAGUUUUAAUGGCUUAUGUUUUGGAAGAACUUGCUGGACGCUCUCUACACUAGCAAAAAUCAAGGUUACGUCCUUCCAUUUCACAUUUACAGAGGAAAAACCUGACUGCUAAAAUAAUACAUGUACAGUUAGUUGCACCAGGCAUACAGUUUGUAUAGCCGGAGAGAACAGAUUGAAGGAAAACUCUAUUUCAAUUUCUGUUACCUCCCAAAUAUAAUUUGUGAGGGCGCUUCAGAGGUGAAAUAUCUGAUCACAAAACCAAAAUAGGUGCACUAUGGUUUCAGGCUAACUGUCACAAAAAAAGCACCCAUUUUCAUUAACAAGACAUUAGUGCCAAUUAUAGUAUGGAAUAUGCUACGUUAAAAGCUUCUUAGUUUAGUUCCUCCAAAGGUGGGCGACCGGAGAACCAUAACUUAGAAAAUUUGGUAACCCAUUGAGCUAAAAGUUCUUGGUUGUUACAUGGCUCUAUGUACGUACGUCUGUAUGUCACUUCCGCAAAUUGACAACCUUUUAAGGUCUUAUUUUCAUUCAUAACACAGACAACUUUUAGGUCAUAAAAUGGAAAGAAGAAAGACCAAACAAUCUUUUAGAGGCGUGUUAGGGAAAAUCCUGGGGUAGAGGGUGAUAAAAUCCUUGUUGGUAAAAAAAUACCUCGAGAUGUUUUCUUUCCUUCAAUAGCCACAAAAAAUAUGACAAUCAAUAUAUAAAAUGCUUUCAACUGUGUUUUGAAUACAGAUUGCCGAUUUGAUGCAGCUUUCAGGACAUCAGUAAACAAAACGACAAAGACAUUAUUAUAUCUCUCAUUUACUACGUGUACUUCGAUUGUUUAAUUUAGCAGGCGGUAUUCCACUGUAUGGUCCGCUAAAAUUUAAAGCUGUCUUUGUUGCCAAAAUGUUUUCUGAUCUAUCACCAAGUGUU